CGGGGCCUCAACUCACCCCGGCUUAUGUCGUCUAGGCGGCAAUGUCAUCCAGACACUUCUGCAUGUCUAAUUCCUACUUUCAGCUCCAAUAAUCCUGUCGAGAAAAAGCAGCAUCAGCACAUCUUUGAUCUCAAAACCGAUGACGCACUCUAUUCGAUGGUCACAGGGGUUGGCGCCUGUUGGGCAGUCGCAUCCCGCCACGCGCUAAGGAGCGCUGCCCAACCAACGUCACAAGAUCAUCAACGGGCCGGCUUCUCAGUUUUCCCUACUGACUUCCAAAGUGAAGACAAUACGAAAUCCAGAAGUCAACCGUAAUCAAAUAUCCGCUGCAUUCUCUCCGUUCAAUAGUCACGCCCACACAACGCGACAGCCUUUCAAGAUGCUCGCACACAGUCCCAGCCCCGCCCCUUUACCGCCUCACCACGGAUCUGACUGCCACAACGAUACCCCGGACCUGUUCCAUGGCCUCUACUCCUCCCUCGCCAACCUCACCCUAACCACCAAGGAACCGAGAACCGCCUCGGAGUCCGAGCCAGCAUCAACAUCAUCAUCACCAACUACAACAGCAGUCGCCAAACACUAACAUCUCUACCGUGACAGGGGUGCGACCUCUACAUUUGGCCGCAAUGUAUGGAUUGGCAUCUAUGGUGAGCGAGCUACUUGCUCAUGGAGCAGAGAUAGACGCAGAGGACCGUCAUGGGUUGACGCCCUUACUGGUUGCCGUGCAACGUGGAAACCUUGAGGCGGUUCAGACGUUCGUGAGCAGGGGCGCAAAAACAGAUAUCACAGAUGAUCAGGGUCAUUCACUGUUGGAUAUCGCAAGGAUUCUCGGGCACACCAAUACCUAUCUCUGGCUGGAACGGCAGAUGACCAGCUAGAUCCAAACUACGAUCUGUUCCCUCAAACGCUGGGAUGGGAGAUAGUCGAUGUAUGUACGGCUGCUCGAUUAGUAGAUUGUAGAGGGCUUAUGUAUGGAUGGCUUAAUGCGACUGUGACGGCCGACGCGUGCUGGUCCUCGGGUGGGCAUUUCGGAUUCUUUUCUGUUAGCAGAGUUCUGAUACAAAUACGCUGUGCAGCAUCUAGUUGCGGCGCUAUGACCGUGGCGGACACGAGAGCGGAGAAAGGAUGCGCCCUUUGGGAGGGAUUAGCGGUGCUGUAAUCAGUUAUUUAGUUCUGGCCUUUGUUAGGUAACGUAUAUGAUAAGCGAGAUGAACAGAUAAGCGAGCUGAACACUUUUACUGCGAC